CAAGACUGAACCAUCGCAAAAUGGAUCCAUUCGCGCGAGAUCUCCGGGGCUCAGCUCAGCAGCUGCCAAAAGAUCAGCGUCGUAUGGAAAUGGCAACCACCGUCAGGUCGCAUCAAUGAAAUCCGGGGUUGCAUUCAACGGGUCCAAAAUACCCUAUUCCCAGCAUGGCAUCCCGCCAGUGCCGCCACUCCCGCACACGUCUGGAAACUUUGUUCAGCACGGAUACUUGCAUUCGCCAAUGCAGGGGUUGCCAGCGUAUUCGCAACCAUCCCAUGGGCAAUGGGGAGCUCCACAGCCAAUGCAUGUAUCCAUGCCUGGGCACGCUGCCUACGGCUACCAUCAGCCGGCCUACGGCGACAGCAGCCCUACGUACACUAUGCAUGCUAACAACGACCAUAUGGCUGCUGGUAUGCAUAAGAUAUCACAGAGGCGCGCAGAGAUGGCAACUGAAAUACCAUCUUUGCUGCAGCGCUUGGACUUGGCGCGGGGCGGCUACCAGCACCAAAAUACCAGUCAGAUUAUUAGGGAGGGAUCCGGUGCACAGUAUCUUGGCAACGGAACACCCUGCUUAUCGACCGUGUCUAUGAAACCGAGAAGACCCGAGCGGCAUUUUGAAAAAAUUAGCCGUUCAUAUACUGGAAUUGGUGGCGACCUCGCUCCGCCUCCGGUUUUCAUGCACUAA